UGGCUUAAAGUAGAAGUAUGUACUUUAAGUGCAAAGUUUUGUACUUAUUUCUGUACUUUACUUAAAUAUUGAAUUCUAAGUCCUACUCAAAAGUUUUCAAGGAGACAAAGGACUCUUAAGUUUAAGCAAAAGUAGUCAAUUUUUUAAGCCAACUAUUUCUUGGCUUAAACGCAAUAAAGUACACUUAAAAACUAAACCCGAUUAAUGUUCUCCAUAUUAAGGUGGCGCUAUUUAACAUACGUUAUUGUUGAUUGACAGUUUCAAUUAAAAUGAAUGACGAUAGAGGUUUCAACGAAGAGCUAGAGUUCUUUUUAAACGACUUAGACGAAAUGAACUACGAAUUGACAAGUAGUGAUGACGAAGAAGCUCGGCGUGAAAGGCGCAUUGAAGUACGCAGAAGAAUGGUUCCUUUCUAUUCUAGACGAACCGAUAUGUACGACGAGUUUUUUAAUGACGAUCAAUUAUACAAAACCUUUCGUUUUGAUAGAGCUUCACUCCAAUUUAUUGAAGGAUUGAUAAAUGAUAAACUCGAACGAAAAUUAAAUGGUCGAAAGUUUCUUACACCGAUGCAGCAAAUUCUUGCUGCACUAAAUUUUUAUGCCACUGGAACUUUUCAAAAAGAGGUUGGACAUGUUCUUAGAAUGAGUCAAUCAUCGGUGUGUCGCAGCGUACAUGACGUUUCAAGUGCAUUAUGCUCUAUAGCACGAGAAUGGAUUUCUUUCCCAGAAAAUUUAAAUAUGGUAUGUCUUGAGUUCUCAGAAUUUGCUGGUUUUCGUGGUAUAAUUGGUGCAAUUGAUGGAUGUCAUAUAAAAAUAGCAAGGCCAUGGGUUGACGAGAAAAUCUAUGUUAACCGUAAAAAUUUUCAUUCUAUCAACGUACAGGCUAUUUGUGAUGCCAAUGGUAGGGCGUUAAGCGUCUAUGCAAAGAAACCCGGAAGCACUAAUGAUGCAGCAAUGUUUGUUGAAAGUAUAAUUGGUCAACGGUUAGCAAGAGGAGAUUUUUCUCCUUUUCAUUUAAUCGGGGACAGUGGCUAUGCAUGUACACCUUAUUUACUUACGCCAUAUGCAGUGCCGAGCAAUGAACCAGAACGAAGAUUUAACGUUGCUCACAAAAAGUCUAGGUGCGUAAUCGAACGGUUUUUUGGUAUGGUAAAGCGUAGGUUUCCGGCUCUUUUCUUUGGAAUACGCAUGCAACCCGGUCGUGCUUGUCGCGUGAUAAUGGCAUGCUUCAUCCUUCACAAUAUAGCCCUAUCACGAAGACAACCAGAUUUCGACGACGAUAUAGCAGUUAAUCAUUUUGAGGAACAAGAUUAUGACAAUCAACCCGAUAGACAAGAAAAUUUGGCUCAAGCAGCUCUACGUCUACGAAGACAAGGUUUCGAAAAGCGAAAUCGAAUGACAUUGAAUGAUUUCACUCGUUAAAUAAGUUGCUUUCAAGUUUGUAUUGCACAUAUUGAUUAAACAGA